GCAUGAUUUUGGAUGCCUUUGCCCAGCAGUGCAGCCGAGUUCUUAGCCUCCUCAAUUGUGGAGGCAAACUUCUGGACUCCAACCAUUCUCAGUCCAUGAUUUCUUAUGUCAAGCAGGAGGGCUCAAGUUACACUGAAAGACAGGACCCGUGUCAUGUGGGGAAAGGGGUCCACAGUCAGACUUCAGACAAUGUAGACAUAGAGAUGCAAUAUAUGCAAAGGAAACAACAAACUUCUGCCUUUUUGAGAGUUUUCACUGACUCCCUACAAAAUUACCUGCUCUCGGGGAGCUUUCCGACUCCAAACACCUCAUCGGUCAGCGAGUACGGCCACCUGGCCGACGUGGACCCUCUGUCAACCUCCCCCGUGCAUACACUCGGAGGCUGGACCUCCCCGGCAACGUCUGAAUCCCAUGGUCACCCAUCGUCGUCUACGCUGCCUGAAGACGAGGAGGAGGAGGAGGAGGAAGGCUACUGUCCCAGAUGCCAAGAGCUGGAGCACGAGGUCAUUUCACUGCAACAAGAAAAUGAAGAGCUCAGAAGGAAAUUAGAGAGCAUCCCAGUGCCCUGCCAGACUGUUCUAGAUUACUUGAAGACGGUGCUACAGCAUCACAACCAACUCAUGAUCCCACAGCCAGUCGAGCAGCCCUCCGAGGGAAGCAAGCAGCUGUUGAACAACUAUCCUGUCUACAUCACGAGCAAACAGUGGGAUGAGGCUGUGAAUUCUUCAAAGAAAGAUGGGCGACGGCUCCUGCGGUACCUCAUCAGAUUUGUUUUCACGACCGAUGAGCUUAAGUACUCAUGCGGCCUUGGGAAAAGGAAAAGGUCAGUGCAGUCAGGAGAGACAGGUCCCGAAAGACGCCCUCUGGAUCCAGUUAAAGUAACAUGCCUCCGAGAAUUCAUUAGGAUGCACUGUACCUCCAACCCCGACUGGUGGAUGCCCUCGGAGGAGCAGAUAAACAAAGUGUUCAGCGAUGCUGUGGGUCACGCCCGGCAGGGGCGCGCAGUGGGGACUUUCCUGCACAAUGGUGGCUCGUUUUAUGAAGGGAUCGAUCACCAGGCCUCCCAGGAUGAAGUCUUCAGUAAGAAUUCCCAGGAUGGGUCCGGGGAUUAGUGGACAAAACCUCCAUUGCAGCAGCCGGUCCUCUCCAGAGUCGCCAUGGUGACUGUCCUGUCUCCAUCACUGUAGAGCCCACAGCGUGGCAUCUGUCAGAAUGCACAUCCUCAGUCUUAACUCUCUUGACCUUCUGCCGCAGUUCCCAGAUCGAAAUCCAUUUUAGGCUUGUUGGCAAAGUCUGUGCAGCCUACCACAGAUUUUCAGAAUACUAUAUUAUAAAAAGUAAAAGCUACCAUUGAUUUUAAAAGAUUACAUGGUGAGGAUGAGGGGGUGGAGACAGACUCCUGGUCACUUGUCUGAAAUCUUCAUGUAAGUUUUGCUUCCUGCGCAGAGCUGGUCCUUAUGGGAGAUUGGGCUGCGUUCCUGCCCAUGAGGGAAGGUAGAGACAUGGGUUACUAUGGAACAAGCAUUCUCUUUAAUUGAAAUAUGUCAUUUUUAUGUUUUCCAAAGACUUGAAUUCAUGCUUCUCAGCAAAGACAUCAGAUAGGUGACAUAAUAUGCUGUGUCUCCAUUGACAGAGCCUAUUAUUAAAUAGAAACCAGAGAACAGCAGCCAUCUCUAGACAGUGAUUAGUUGAAAGUCAGCUAUUUUUCUCAAUUAUUUUUACCAAAAAAGUCCUACCAUGUUGAUCAGGAAGGCACUAGGUGAUCUCUGGAGUUUACAGAGAGUAAUAGUUUUCAUUAUGUCAGUCAAGAAACAUCCAAAGAUCCCAACCAUUGUUAAAUGCUUGAUUUUGUAGGUUCCAUUAACCUAAAGUCAGGCUCAGUUGACACAAUGCCAAAGUGGCGGGUUAAACAAUGAGAAUUUCAGCCAGUUGUUUGGUGCACUGAAGACCAAACAAGUGGUGUGGCUGAUGGUAUUGACUGAGUUGACCAGAUGUUCUGGAAUUGCAUAUACACAGCCUCAAGGCCAUUCUGGCAACUAUGCAAUGGGCUUGUCUAAUUUCUCUGAAACUUGAGGGUCUUUCUGUGCUCAGUUGAUCUUUAGAAUUUGCAUAAAACUUCUGUUUCUCGUUGUCACUGAUGAAAAUUGUUUCUUCCCAACUGUGAGUGCCUGCUUCCCCCAAUAUUCCCCUGAGCUGAUUGGUUGAGUCUCACGUGUGAAAUCAUAGUGUCUGGAGCCAUUUCUUACCCAAAUGCUGCAGAGAGGCGAGGACCAGUUCUGAGGGCCUCGGGUUUGGACCUCAGGAGAGGUUUGGACCUCAGACUAAUGCUAAUGCCACAUCCUUCGUAAGCAAAGGGCUGAGUGGACAGCAUUGUUGAAGGCUGUUAAUGUCAUCUACGGACGGGACUAUAAAGAUUUUGGAAAUUCAUUUAAAGUUUAUGAGCAUCCAUUUAUAAAGUAGUUAUUUUUCCCAUUUUUUUGUUUAAGUAAAAUAAUAUUCCUUUAUGUUCAAUAAUUUGUAUCAACUAAAUUGCAAAGGCCUAGAAAUAGGUCCAUCUUUAGCUUUUUAAAUAGUUUCAAGCUCUGAAAAGUUUAAUGUUUAUAGAGAUGGUCAUUUGUCAGACCUGUAAAGUUGUGGGGGGGAGAACUAAUAUUUUGAUCCUAUAUUGGAAAAGUUACCUAAAAUUUUGAGAGGUUUUGUUUGUUUGUUUUUAAGAAAUGAUAAGGGCAAAUGGGAUGUUGUGUAUGGGAACCAUGCGACUAAUAUUGGGCUACACAAAGAAAAAGGUACUUCUUGAAGAGUUUUAAAGGUCUAGGAAAUCAGUAUUUUGUAAGAUUCUUUGGUGACAUGAAAUCUUGGCCAGAAGAAAAAUAACCACCAUAACCUCAUCUGUCAAUCCAUCUUUCUUUUUCUUUUUUUGCAUUGGAUUUUGUCAUCCAUACUGCUGAGUACAUGUCCCCUCUCCCCUUAUUUUUUGUAUAGCAGCAAUAUUUGACCACUGCUUUUAUUUUUUAGAGAGAGAGUGGAAGGGAGAGGGAGAGACAGAGAGAAACAUCGA